GCGGAGGCUUCGGCUGCGGUCGCCGUCGGUGGGGUGGGCAUCUGCUCUGCGCCCCUCGGGCCGGGUCCUUUCAGCGCUCUGGUACAGCGCUAGCCUGUCUCGCUCCUCGGCGCCAUGACCACCACCACUACCUUCAAGGGCGUCGACCCCAACAGCAGGAACAGCUCCCGGGUUUUGCGGCCUCCAGGUGGCGGAUCCAAUUUCUCAUUAGGCUUUGAUGAACCAGCAGAACAGCCCGUGAGGAAGAACAAAAUGGCCUCUAGCAUCUUUGGGACACCUGAGGAAAAUCCCCCCUCGUGGGCCAAGUCGGCAGGUGCCAAGUCUAGUGGUGGUAGAGAAGAAUCUGAGUCGUCUGGACCUCAGAGAAGGAACUCUUCUGAAGCCAACUCUGGGGACUUCUUAGACCUGAAGGGAGAAGGUGACAUUCAUGAAAACGUGGACACAGACUUGCAGGCCAGCCUGGGGCAGAGUGAGGAGAAGCCUGUGCCCGCUGCCCCUGUGCCCAGCCCGGUGGCGCCGGCCCCAGUGCCAUCCCGAAGAAACCCCCCUGGUGGCAAGUCCAGCCUUGUCCUGGGUUAGCUCCGACUGUCCUGAACGCGUUUCAUUUGUUUGUUUGUUUUCUCCAUGCUUGUGAACUGCACAACUUGAGCCUGAACUGUACAUCUUUUGGAUUUGUUUCAUUAAAAAAGAAGCACUUUAUGUA